AUGACCAGCAACAGGCGGGCAAUGCGCGAGGAGAGCUAUUUGGCAUUGUCCUUUGAUGAGGUGUUCACUCGAUCCUACAGCAGGGCCACAAAGAGAAUGGCCUGCGAGCGAAAAGAAGGAACAAGACCAGGAACAAUGGUCCGGGACAAACUGCAGUACAGGAGCCUCAGCCGAUGGUGGACCGCUGCAGAGCUAAAGCUGGCAGAGGAGGCUGCAGCUGCCAGCGACCAUGCGUCGGAAGAUGGAUCUUCUUCCGGAUUUGGGGAUGAUCAGAGCUCGCGCGGUGGUCGCGUGGCGAAUGCCCCGAUGGCGGCGCGCCGGAAGAGCAUCGAAGCCAUCCUGGCGGCUAGGAGGAACUCCAUGGCGGCGGCGCGGAAGCUGAGCGCCUCUGUGAUUCCUCCAGAGGUGGCGAAGGAGGAGGAGAAGCCCUCGAAGAAGUUCAAGAGGCUCAAAGGAAGCCCAUCAAUCUUGGACACGGGUGAAAUCAAAGAUCCUGACUUGGUGGAAAUCCUCCAGCUGCCAACGGAGCAGGACGUGCGAGCAAGGUUGGCUGACUCGUUAGAGGACUUCUCUGUGAAGGACAUCGAGCUCUUGAAGAAGGCCUUCAUGAAACAUCGGCAGCCCAGAGAUCCACACAGAUGA